UAUGCAUUCCUCGAUUAACAAUUGCAUAGCCACCUGGGACUAGGGAGUUGGCGACAAUAAAAGGAAAGAAGAAGAAGAAGAAGAAGAAGAAGAAGAAGCUAAUAGGAGUUCAGGUGGUGAUUGUACUUGCUGAAUGCAGUAUAUUUCUGGGAUUGUAGGUUUAAUUGAAGCAAUAGUGGAUCUCCGGAAUAGGUUUUUAGUUUGAGGCCUUUUUCAGGAGUGUUUUGACAUGUCUAAUUCAAAGAUAAGUCAAAUAGAGUGUGGUAACAAGCGAAAUCUUCCUUCUUGGAUGAGUUCAAGAGAGAAUGGGAGUAAAUCUAGUGAAAAGAAGCCAACUAAAUCUGGUAAAAAUGAGGAAAGCGAAGAACAUAAAAACAGUAGCCCUUCCAAGGGAACCAUCAUUGGCAGAAAAUCUGGGGGCCCCACUUCAAUUGCAAAGAACUUUUCCAAACUGUUGGAAGGAGUGGUAUUUGUGUUGUCAGGGUUUGUUAAUCCAGACCGUGCAACAUUGCGGUCUCAAGCUCUGGAAAUGGGAGCAGAGUAUAGACCAGACUGGAGUUCAGAGUGCACACUCUUGGUUUGCGCAUAUUCAAAUACUCCUAAGUUUCGGCAAGUUGAGGCAGAUUGUGGCACGAUUGUUAAAAAGGAAUGGAUAUUAGAUUGUUACAAUCAGAAGAAGCUUGUUGAUAUAGAUAGUUACUUGAUGAAUGUUGGGAAACCAUGGCGCAAAAACAAUGUCACUUUUGAAAGUAGUAGAGAUCAAAAGUCAUCCUCACCUAGAAAAUCUGAGAAACAAGUUGAAAGAGGAUCACAUUCAAAACCAACUGCCUCUGCAUCCUCAAAGAGUAGAGACUCUAAUCUUGCUAAAGAGCACUUCUCUUCUUCGAAAGUGAAGGAAUGGGCUAUUGAUGAUCUGAAGAGAACCAUCUCAUGGCUGGAGAGUCAGGAGGAAAAGCCUGAGCCAAGUGAAAUAAAAGACAUAGCUGCUGGAGGGAUCAUAAUUUGUUUACAAGAUGCCAUAGAUGCCCUUGAACAGAAUCAGGAUGUCCGAAAAAUAGCCGAACAAUGGAAUGUUAUUCCUCAUGCGGUUGAGGAACUGAUUAAACUUGCAGAUGGUGCCUCUCUUUCAAAGGAAGAUCUCUGCAGACAGGCUAAGGCGUGCAAACAAAUGUACGAUGCAGAACUUACUAAUGUUGAUGAUGAUUCAAAGCUGAAGAAGAAAAGGCUACAGACUGAUGAAACAGAGAGGGGUGGCAAUGGAAGAUCCAAUGCCAUCUCUGGAGUUGCAGCAGACUAUGACAGUGACGAAACAAUUGAAAUGACAGAGGAGGAAAUUGACCUUGCUUAUAGUAAUGUUGUCUCUAAGAUUUGUGAACUAUAAUGCUUUUUUGUAGAAGUUCAAGAAAAUUCUAAAUUUUAAGUCAUCCAGGACCUCUUUUUUAGAGCAAUCCAGCACCCUAUUGUUGGCUUAA